UGAUACGAGCGUUGUCACCCCGAGUGGUGUGAUCUUGAAGGUGCGUUUGGAAAAUUAGGCAGAGCGCGAAAUGAUAUGCUAAAAUGCAGUAUUCCUAUUUCCGCUUUUGAUUCAAGAUGACAAUGGAGUUACCGUCUAUACAGUCAGCUCUAGGAACAGUUGUAGCUUCUUUUGUAUCUAUACGCAUCUUCAGUGCAGUUCUGAAGGUGAAUGUACACUAUCCGAUCUCGAUCCGCGUUGGCCCACCUCGUAAGAAAUGGCUUUAUCGUAAUAUUUGGAUUUCUUUAAUCCAUUCAACUUUGACGGCUGUUCUAUCAGUGUACAGCUUUUUCAACGAGCCUGAUAUGCUUACCGACAUGGUACAAAAAUGGAGUACGUUCGCGUACUAUCUUGUGUGUGUGUCAUUAGGUUACUUUUUUCAUGAUAUUCUUGAUUUAAUCUGCAAUGAUAUGAAAAACUCUGGAGGCCUAUUAAUCCAUCAUGUAGUGGUUAUUGGAGCAUUCAGCCUUGCAGUUUUUCAUCAGGCAUACUUAGGAUUUGCCAUGUGCUCUCUUCUCAUAGAGGUAAACAGUGUGUUUCUCCAUGCAAGAAGACUUAUGUCAUUCCAUAAUGUCAGCAAAACAAGUCUGAAAUAUGAAAUCAAUGGGCUCCUUAUGCUGUUUUCUUUCAUUGCAUUCCGCUUCCUUACUAGUGGAUGGAUGGUAAAUUUUGUUAUCCAAAAUCGUCAUGUUCUUCCUCGAGCAGUUACAAUCUAUGGGUGCAUUGCAAUGGGAAUUUUAAUUAUUGUCAACAUUAUCCUGUUCUUGACUAUAUGGAAUGCAGACUUUAAGAAACGAAUACAAAAGAAAGAUCAGAAUUAAACUAUGCAUCAAUACUGUCAGAUGGUGUCAAAGUUAUAAACAGAAGUAUUGUAUAUUAAAUAAUGUCGCAUAGUAUGUUUUAUAAAACUAUUUUUUAUAGCUAUAUAGUUGAUGUAAUCAACCGCUUUUUAAACAAUUUGCUGUUUUCUUGUUGAUAUACCUGCAGAACCACUAGAAACAUUUGCUAGAACAUCAGUCUCAUUUUUUUUACUGAGAACAUUAACCCAGUAGACCUUGCAUCUUUUUGCACAGAUGAGUCAUGGCUUAUAAUUUUAUACCUUUCAAUAUGGCAGAAAGUCCAGGAAAGAACUGUAUUAGUAAAAUAUGUAUAAGUCAACUAUAAAGCUAUAAAUUAUAGAGCGGAUUUCGUAUGAGUGGGACACCGUUACCGCACGGUUACCACACAGUUACCGCACCUGGCCUGCAGAAUUUUGGUGAAACAAUGGGGCACUAGAAUUUGGUUACAGUACGAUUACGGACACAGUACAGUACUGUCCGUUUCCCACUCAUACGAAAUCCGCUCUAUUUUAUAAAAUAAACUAUGUAAUGAGAAUAAUUCUGAUAUAAAUGACUGACAUAUUGAUUUUUUGAAAAAAAAAUAUUGCUAUUAUAUUUAAUACAUAGUUAGUGAUUAUUUUGUGUGUGUGACAAACACUAUUCAUAUGUUUUUUUAUGAUAUUGAUUCAUCAUCUUAACUACUACUACAAAACAGCUACUACAAACCAUAUCUGGGGCAUUCAUAACAAAAACACAUAUUGUAUUCAAUCCAAAUUACCUGGAAUAGGGUGAUAUCAAUUUUACAUUCUUUAUGAAUGUUGAUUUUGUAAUUUAUCUUUUAAUUAAAAUUUGUAAUGUUUUGUGUGAUUAUAUUUAAAUAUUAUAAUUUGAAUAGUAAUGAUUACAGUAAUGCUUAGAAUAACAAAACUAAAUAACUGUACAGUAUUUUCAUGUACAUUAUCUUUCAUUCAUUUUGUUACAGUAAGGUUAUAAAUAUGAUAAAAAUUGAUUAUUUUUGAUAUUUCUUAUAUAAGAUCUUGAUUUUCCAUACUUAUAGUUUCUUAGUAAAAUGAAAGGCUAGGGUCAAAUGCACUUAACAUGAUUGUAGUGAUAUUCAAUUUUUUGAUUAAAUUGCAUCUUAAUGUACAAGGUUCAACCAAAAGCCUUGUUCAUGGUUGAGCAUGCAAUGAUACAUGUUAAUUAAUGUGUGUAGGUGUAAAAUUGGGUUUCUACCAUUGCAAGUUCCAUACUUUUCAAGAUGGUAUACAGGAACCUUGAAGGAGACUGUUGCAACUGAAUGAAUAAAUGAAGGAAACUUUCUGAAGCUUCGACUGAUAAAUUCUGAUGAAAUUAUUUUGGUUUUUCAAGUAUAAUAUAGGCAUAUUGACCAUAGCCUUUGAGACUAGAUCAGAUACAUUGUAUUAAUGUUUAUUUUGGCCAGAGCAAAUAAAAAAUAUAUACAAAUUAUUAUAGCAAAAUGUUCAUGGUGAAAAUUAUUCUGUUCAUAAAAAUUUGCUUCUGUUAUUACACAUUAUUAACCCAAAUUAUAAAUGACCAUGCUUUUUCAAUCAUAUUACUGCACUUCUAUCACUGGUCUAUUAAUGUAAUUACGUGAUUAAUUCCAUCAGAGUGUGAGAAGCCAGUAAAGCUAAUAGUAUAAUAUAUGAUGCAAGUUAUAGCUCCAUUGCUUUUCUGACUGGCACCAUAAAGUUCAUUUACUGUCUGCAAUAUGCACAUUAUUGCAAUGUGCAUAUUGCAAAUCAAAAAACCUAUGAUAUAGAGAUAAAAGUCUAAUAGUAAGAGCAGAUUAAUAUUCAUAUAUGCCUGCAGAACUGUUAGAUUUUUGUUUCACAGGGUAAAUGAUGUCUGCACUGAUGUGUUGCUAUCAAAUAGUAAUGUCAUAAAUGAAUAUUGAACUUAAUUCAAUUCCAUUGUGUGAUCCUGUAAUCUACUUGACAUGUACAAUAAACAUUUCAAUCAUCAGA